UUUCUUUGCUUAGGUAACCUUUCUGUCGGUGCAAUAAAACUCUGCGCCGGGAUAAGGAAAAGGCUUCGGGUGAAAGUGGUUCACUGGGAUCGCUCCAACAUGUCUGAGCAGCCCGAGGUCAGCGGCCUUACGGACGAAGCCGCCUUUAGUGCCUGCUCCGAUCCUGAGCCCAGCACGAAGGAUUUUCUGCUACAACAGACAAUGCUAAGAAUAAAAGAUCCUAAGAAGUCACUGGAUUUUUAUACUCGAGUUCUUGGCAUGACACUACUCCAGAAAUGUGACUUCCCUGCUAUGAAAUUCUCCCUCUACUUCCUGGCUUAUGAAGAUAAAAAUGAUAUUCCAAAAGAUGCCAAAGAGAAAACAGCUUGGACAUUUUCUAGAAAGGCCACACUAGAACUCACACACAAUUGGGGCACAGAAAACGAUGAGAACCAAGCUUAUCACAAUGGCAAUUCAGACCCACGAGGAUUUGGCCACAUUGGAAUUGCUGUCCCUGAUGUAAAUGCAGCUUGUAAAAGAUUUGAGGAGCUGGGAGUAAAAUUUGUCAAAAAGCCAGAUGAUGGUAAAAUGAAGGGUUUGGCUUUUAUCCAGGAUCCUGAUGGCUACUGGAUAGAAAUCCUGAAUCCUAAUCACAUGGUGACUCUUAUUUAGGUUGGAAAUACUGCACAGUGGUCUUCAUCAAGAGAAACUGAAAAUUCUAAAUUGUUCUCUUGUUCUGGAUUUAAGAGAAGAAAAUUUAUAUAGUCACUAAAGCCCAUAUGGUAUAAUCCCGUCUGGUUUUGGAGGGUUUUUUUGCCUGCUCUUCUGUUUGGUUUAUCCUAAUAUGUUUUAGCAUAGUUAAUAAUUGGAGUGAAUAAAUGUCUUUUGGAAGUGAUAUUAUGUACUUCUGCAAAAACUUUGUUUAAAAUUUCCUUUUCAGGACUGGCCAAAUUUGCAAGGGUUUAGAGCUAUACCUUCUUUCAUAAUAUAAGUUUGUGGUAGGAAAACCUUUGUAUUAUUUAGACAUGCUGAAAAUGCAAGUUAACAAACAUUAAAUAAUGUUUUUCCUCCACUUGACCCUACUGGAAUUUGUUCAGAUAUCAAUACAUGACAAUAUGUGAAAGGGUCUUCGCAAAUACUUCAGAAAGUAUAGUCCACAUUGCUGCUGAGCCGUUUCUAACCAUGUAAGAUUCUAUUAUCUAGAAUAGGUGCUGUGUAGAGCCUUUCAUCCAAUAACAAAAAAUAUAAAUAAAAUACUGUGGCAGAAUGGGCAAUCUAUAGUUAAAAGAUUAACAAGGAUUGCCAUGAUUCCUGUGUAUGUGCAUGGUAUAAAUAUUAGUAAGUACAACCGCUCCUGCCUUUUAGGGAGUAGGCAAUAAGAGUUGGAUAAAAAGUGUGUGCAUAGAAUUCUGUGUUGAUAUAGUUAAAUUCAGGAAUCUGAUAUAGUCUAGACAUCUGAAAUAUUAAUGCACUACUUAUUGUGAUAUAAUUUUUAUCUUCCUCUUUAAAAUGACAGUUGAAUUCUAGAUUGAUAUAACUGAGGUUUGUAAUUCUGAUCUGUGAGCCAGGGUGUUUGGUGUUUAAUUUAUAUUGACCUAUUAAGACUAUGCAACACACAUUUUGCCGAAAAGCCCUCCCAAAAUGCCAUAGUUGAUACAUUGUUAGCAGCACUUUAGAUUUGUUUGGAAUGCGCAAUGGCAUCGAAUAAAACAUAUUUAUUUCUAAGCAAA